AUGGCAUCUGAAUGUACCAGCAAUUUUACUGCUCAGCCCAGCCCUGCAGACCGAUUGACAAGCUGCCAGGAUGAAGAUUUCUUACAGGUGAAUAUGUAUGUCUCCAUCCUUUACAGCCUCAUCUUCCUGCUGUGCUUCCCAGGAAACAUUGCAACAAUUUUUGUUUACUGUUUUAAGAUGAGGCCCUGGAAAACCAGCACCAUCAUUAUGUUAAACCUGGCUAUCACUGACCUAUUGUAUGUAGUCACACUUCCUUUCUUUAUACACUACUAUGUUAAUGGAAAUCACUGGAUUUUUGGAGACUUCAUGUGCAAGUUUAUUCAGUUUUGUUUCUACUUCAACAUGUACAGUGGUAAUAUCUUCCUUAGCUGCUUCAGCAUCUUCCGCUUUUUGGUAGUUGUGCGCCCAAUGAAAUCCCUUUUUCUUCGGAAGCGGAGAUGGGCAGUGGUGACUUGCGCAGUCAUUUGGACGAUUUCCCUGGUGGCCCUCAGCCCCUUGGCCAUCCUGAUUUCCCCAAGGGACAGGCAGAACAAGACCAUCUGCCCAGACCUGGUUUCUGCUGUCACAAGUCGCUGGUACAACUGGGGACUGACUGUGUUUGCCUUCCUCCUGCCCUUGCUGACGGUGACUCUGUGCUACGUGGUCAUCUUUAGCGUCUUGGCCACUGGGCUGCACACGCAGGCUAGCUACAAACAAAAGGCUCGCAGGCUCACUGUUCUCCUCUUACUGCUCUUCUAUGUGUGCUUCCUCCCCUUCCAUAUCUUCAAGGAGAUUCAUCUGGAGCUCCAAGUACAGCCAGUUAGCUGCCGCUUGAAGAAAACUAUCCUUUUAAUAUUUACUAUAUCUAAACCUUUAGCAGCAUUGAAUACUUUUGGAAAUUUGCUGCUCUAUGUAGUGGCAGGAGAUAAUUUCCAGCAGGCAAUACUCUCGCUCUUCAAGUUUUGGACAAACAAGUGUCUGAAGUAG